UCCGCCAAAACACGCGAAGAAGAAGCUAGUUUAGCAAUUUUAGCUCUAGCUAACUAGCACGUUUGGUGACUUUAGUGUUGUUGUGUUAGCUAACUGCUAACAAAUCUGGAUUUAAAGAAACAUACAAAUAGAAUAUCGUCAUUUUUGGGAUGCUAGUCUGCUGUGAGUUUUGAAAAGAUACGUUUCGUGUAUGUGUCUGCCGGCCCGUUAGAAUGUUAACCGGACUUCAACUUGUUGGAUGAUUCUACUGAAUUAAGAGCUAAAGGGCCCUUGAGUCCGCGGUGCUUGGGUGAACGACAACCGGGAUCACCGUGGUCUGGGAGGGGUAGCAUCAAGCCACAAGCUAGCUAGCAGUGUUCACAGCACCAAAACCUUUCCUGAAUAUGUCACACAUCGGACCCCCUCCUCGAUGGCGGAAUUGUCCCAGAAGAGGACAGCCUAUUGCAACUAAAUUCCUGCCAAUGAAAACAAUGUUGGGUCCCAGAUAUGAUGACCAAGUUGCAGAGGAGAACAGGUUUCACCCAAGCAUGCUGUCCAACUAUCUGAAAAGUCUAAAAGUGAAAAUGGGCUUGCUUGUUGAUUUGACAAACACUACUCGCUUUUAUGACCGCAACGACAUUGAAAAAGAAGGCAUAAAAUACGUGAAGCUUCAGUGUAAAGGCCAUGGAGAAUGCCCUUCACAAGAGACCACCUCAAUGUUCAUCAGACUCUGUGAACAUUUCGUAGAGAAGAAUCCCACAGAAAUGAUAGGUGUUCACUGCACGCAUGGCUUCAACCGGACAGGCUUUUUGAUAUGUGCAUACCUGGUGGAGAAGAUGGACUGGAGCAUCGAUGCAGCUGUGGCCGCUUUCAGCAAUAGCCGACCCCCGGGGAUCUACAAGGGAGACUACCUCACUGAGCUUUUCCGUCGCUAUAGUGAUGAGGAGCACACGCCCCCCGCCCCUGCGCUCCCUGAGUGGUGUUUCGAUGAUGAUGACGAUGGUGAAGUGGACGAUGAUGGUAACGCUGUUGGCCAGGAGUCGGGCCCCAGCUCCUCUGGGUCAGCGCCUGGAAAACGAAAGAAGGAGAAGCUAAAACUGGGUGCAGUAUUCCUCGAAGGCAUGACCGUGAAAGGCGUCACACAGGUCACCACGCAACCCAAACUUGGAGAGAUCCAAAGAAAGUGUCAGGAGAUGGCCGAGUGGGACAAGUCUGGUUUUCCUGGUGCACAGCCCGUGUCCAUGGACAGGAAAAACCUCCGCUUCCUGGAACAGAAUCCAUACAAAGUCAGCUGGAAAGCCGAUGGCACGCGGUACAUGAUGCUGAUCAACGGUAAAAAUGAAGUAUUUAUGAUCGACAGAGACAACAUGGUCUUUCACAUUGCAAACUUGGAGUUUCCUUUCCGGAAGGAUCCACGCGUCCACUUAUCAAACACUCUGCUUGAUGGGGAGAUGAUCAUUGACAAGGUGAAUGGUCAGCCAGUCCCCCGCUAUUUGAUAUACGACAUCAUCAAAUUCAAUGGACAGCCUGUUGGCCAGUGUGAUUUCAGUGUCCGACUGUUAUGCAUAGAAAAGGAGAUAAUUUCUCCCCGGAUGGAGAAGAUGAAGACUGGGCAGAUUGACAAAACCAAGGAGCCCUUCAGUGUCCGGAAUAAGCCCUUCUUUGACAUCCAUGCAUCGCGCAAGUUACUGGAAGGCAGCUUCACGUCCCAGGUCAGCCACGAAGUUGACGGGCUUAUCUUCCAGCCAUGCGGGAAAUACAAGGCCGGGACAUGUGAUGACAUCCUCAAGUGGAAGCCGCCCCAUCUGAACUCUGUGGACUUUCGCCUCAAGAUCACCAAAGUCGGAGGAGAAGGGCUGCUUCCACAGACUGUCGGCUUGCUCUACGUCGGCAACUAUGACAGGCCCUUUGCGAAGAUGAAGGCCACUAAAGAGCUGAAACAGUACGACAACAAGAUCAUCGAGUGCACCUUUGCCAAUAACAGCUGGGUGUUCAUGAGGCAGAGGGUGGACAAGAGCUUCCCCAACUCCUACAACACAGCGAUGGCUGUCUGUAAAAGCAUCCAGGAGCCCGUCACGAAGGAAAUCCUCUUGGAGUACGUGGACCGCUGUAUCCAGGGAUUCCAAGCCCAGAACCGGAAACACCCGCCAGACCCAGACUCUGAGCUAAUGCCCCCUCCCCCACCAAAGAGGCCCAACCGGGCCAUCCCGUAGCCCACAGCUGGCCCGUCUGGACUGCCCUACAGUCACAGUGUACAUCUGCAUCACCAGCCACACCAAACCCAACAAAAAAACAGACAUUUAAAGGCUUUCUUACCCUCAGCACAUUUACUUUAACAUGUUCAUGUAAAGACUUGAGAAACCUUUAAGUGACAGCCUCAAGAUUAUGAAUUUACCUUCUAGAUUUCUUUGUAGCUUUAUUUGCUGUUGUUCUUAUUAAAAUGAAAACCAUCAUGCUUAGUUUAUUUUCUUGUUUGUUUUUUGUUUUGCUGUUGCAUCUUUUUUUAAAGUCUGAGCUAAUCGGUGUUUCUCAACAGGGACUUUGUUAUGGCUACAAUUAACACCUGACAAUGAAGACCAUGUUUGUGUUUUGUCAGCUAGUUCCUUAUUUGUACUGAAGGAAAAGUAAACAUCAACAAAGCUCAGUCUGCUUUCUGAAUGCAUUUAAAUCAUGAAACAGCAUCAGAGAUCUGAUUUACAUUAACGCGAAGCUGCACAGGGUUUGAGUUUUCGUUCAGUUAAGUGAGUAAUGUUGCUGCCCGUGUUCAACCUUUAAUGCUCGGUGAGGGGUUUCCAAAUAUUUUCACAGAUCUCAGUUCUCCGUUUUCCCAAGAUUUUGUCCAAAGGAAGCCCAUCUGCGUGGACUUUGUUGUAAGGGCCACAUUGGGUGGGCGGGGGGGAUGACAACAUGAUUACACCGUCUCAACACACUAACUAUAAAGGAGCGCCAGCAGUGAAAUGGAGCUACAGAUGGGUGACCAAUGGAUGUAAACCAGCAUAAAGCGUCUUAAUAAGGUGAACAGCGUUAGAGCUGUUUGAGUCUCUGAACUCUACAUCGUUCUUUCAAUAGAUAUCCCCUCCACUGGUGCUUUGAAGAUGACUGAGUGUCUGUCUCAUUAUUAAACUGCGUUGAGAUCUGGUGGUCAGAGCCAUGCCAGUAUUGAACCCCUCUUGCCCUGCUGAUGGAGGAUUAGUAUCCUUAUCCUCCCUUAAGAUUAAGAAUACUUCAUCACAGGACAAAAACACUCACAUCUGUGGCUCAGAGCAGCUGACUACACAUCGAUAACAGUAAUAAGCGGACUUAAGAUUUUUUGAUGCCAGUUAGCUCAGCUGUGUCGAAUUCAUCCUCGCUGGUCUUCAUUUUUAUGAUGUUAUUUUCCAUGGAUCUAGCAAUGUAGCAGGCUAUACACAAACCAUGAGUCCAAAAAGUUGUAAAAACAAAAAUAAAAGAGAAUGUGAACAAU